AUGUUCCCAGGGAACCUGCGCGCCCUGCGCAGCUGCUACAACCAGAGCAAGACAGGCUCUCACAUGCUCCAGGGGAUGUACGGCUGCGACCUGGGGCCCAACGGGCGCCUCCUCCGCGGGUACCAUCAGUUCCCCUACAACGGCGCCGAUUACCUGGCCCUGAACGGGGACCUGCGCUCCUGGACCAGGGCGGACACCGCCGCUCAGAUCUCCUGGCGCAAGUGGGAGGCGCGAGGCGCAGAGCAGGAGAGGAACCACCUGGAGGGCAGGUGCGUGCAGUGGCUGCGCAGACACCUGGAGAUCUGGAAGGAGACGCUGCAGCGCUCAGAUCCCCCAAAGACACAUGUGACCCACCACCCCACCUCUGAGCAUGAGGUCACCCUGAGGUGCUGGACCCUGGGCUUCUACCCUGCAAACAUCACCCUGACCUGGCAGCAAGAUGGGGAGGACCUGACCCAGGACAGAGAGCUGGUGGAGACCAGGCCUGGGGGGAACAGAAACUUCCAAAAUUGGGUGGCUGUGGAGGUACAUUCUGGAGAGGAGCAGAGAUACAUGUGCCAUGUGCAGCAUGAGGGGCUGCUGGAGCCCGAGUCCUGA